CUGUUAGAGUGCCCUGUGAAGAGUAGAAUGUGGAGCUUUCCUUGGCUUUAUUGCUGGAACGUUCUUCCGGUGUUCUGCAAACGCUCUCGAGAUGUUGUGUUUGAGAUCCCUCCAGGUGUUACACUCCCUGUUGCAAAAGUCUCCCUGCUUCCCUGGAUGGUUCUGUUUGCUUCGCUUUACCUUCUCCACCCCGAGGUCACCCUGGUGUGGUUGCAACAUGAGGUCUGCAAGGGCAGGAAGGCCUGUGACCACCUGGAAGGGUUGGAGGGAGCUAGAGGGGGAGGGUCCAGACUUCCUCUUGAGGGCCAUGCGGAGCUUUAGAAGAAUUUUGAGCAUGGGCGCGUUGGGGCAAACCAGUGUGCCAGGCAGCCAGUCACAGUCCGAGCUGGCCUGUGCCUUGUAGGAGCUUCGAGGAGACCCUGGGCCCCCAGAGAGCUGGUUUCUGAGUUGGGUUGGGACAGAGGGACCAAGAUUGCUCAGGUCAGGGGCGUGAGUGGAUGGCAUCUCCUGAAGGGGGGUGGGAUGGCAUUCCAGGCCAAGAGCGCAGCUGGAGCAAGGUCUGGAGGGUGAUGGGGACCAGUGUUGAAGUGACAAGUGGGAUCUGGGGGGCUCGGGUUCUGGAGUAGUGGCAGGAAAAGGACGUGGAGGUCAGCUACUUGAGGUCUUAGCCCCUGGGACAGGGGGUGUGGAUGUGGUCCCAGGAGUUUCUGAGCAGGGGAUUUGAGUCCGAACGUUGGGAUGUAUGUUGGGAGGGGACAGCCUGCCCUUGCGGGUCCCUCAGCCUCAGUUUCCCCGCUCCCCUCUGCUACAGCAAGGUGCUCGGGUCUUUGGCGCCUUGGGUCCCAUCGGGCCCUCCUCGCCUGGGCUCGCCCUCGGGGGCCUGGCUGUAGGCGAGCACCGGCUCAGCAACAAGCUGCUGGCCUGGAGUGGCGUCCUUGAGUGGCAGGAGAAGCGCAGACCCUACUCCGACUCCACGGCAAAGCUGAAGCGGGCCCUCCCCUGCCAGGCCUACGUGAACCAGGGCGAGAACCUGGAGACCGACCAGUGGCCCCAGAAGCUGAUCAUGCAGCUCAUCCCGCAGCAGCUGCUGACCACCCUGGGCCCCCUGUUCCGCAACUCCCAGCUGGCUCAGUUCCACUUCACCAACAGAGACUGCGACUCUCUCAAGGGGCUCUGCCGCGUGAUGGGCAACGGCUUCGCGGGGUGUAUGCUCUUCCCCCACAUCUCCCCCUGCGAGGUGCGGGUGCUCAUGCUCCUGUACUCGUCCAAGAAGAAGAUCUUCAUGGGCCUCAUCCCCUACGACCAGAGCGGCUUCGUCAACGCCAUCCGGCAGGUCAUCACCACGCGCAAACAGGCAGUGGGCCCUGGUGGUGUCGCAGGCCCAGUUCAGAUCGUCAACAACAAGUUCCUGGCGUGGAGCGGCGUCAUGGAGUGGCAAGAGCCCAGGCCUGAGCCCAACAGUCGGUCCAAGAGGUGGCUGCCCUCGCACGUCUACGUGAAUCAAGGGGAGAUCCUGAGGACUGAGCAGUGGCCGAGGAAGCUGUACAUGCAGCUCAUCCCGCAGCAGCUGCUGACCACCCUGGUGCCGCUGUUCCGGAACUCUCGCCUGGUGCAGUUCCACUUCACCAAGGACUUGGAGACGCUGAAGAGCCUCUGCCGGAUCAUGGACAACGGCUUCGUGAGUGGGGCGCGGGCUGCUGGGCGGGCUGUAGGAACUAGGAGGUGAGGGACAGCGACCGUUUCUCUGCACCAGCCGGGGGAGCGCCGUGGUGGCCCCGGUGACUGCAGGUUGGCCUUGUGCUUGGACGCCUGCUGGCUCCCAGUCCACGGACUCCGCUAGGGAUCUGCUGUCCUGAUCGCAUUUUACAGAUGGGGAAACCGCGGCCCAGAGGCAGGCCCAGGGUUAACUCAGAGCCUGGAGGGGCUGAUGCCACGGAGCGCGGACCCGCUGCUCCCAGGUCCUGCCGCCUUCCGCUCUCCUUGGGGACGGGGCGCUGCUGUCCCUGCCGGUGUUCCGGCGAAAGCCCGAGGCUCCCGCAGGCCCCUUGCCAGGCAGGGAGGUCUGUCUGCUUCCUGCCGGAGCUCUCAGAGCGCUGAAUUAUGUUCCAGUGGGUCUUGGCCUCAGUUUCUCCCAUCUGCGAGGUGAAGCGGGUUGUCCUCCGGGGCUCGUGGAAGCGCAGCUGUCGCUGCACCAGGCCAGUGUCCGUGCCGCGGCCGGUCCAGUCCCAGCCAUGCGUGCGUGUGCCUUGAGGGGAAGGCUAUGUGUUGGGCACUAGAAGUCUGCCUUUGUGCAGGAGACCCUGCAGGUGCCCCCCCCCGCCGGCCCUGGGCUCGGCU